AUGUUAGAAAACGCUUUGGAAAGGUUUUCUGAGGACGUAUUCCAGUUCGUUACUGGAGAAAGUAAGUGUUGGAAGACUUUGUUAGUGAAAAAGCACACAGAAAAUCUUAACACGGCAGGGGAUUUCAGUUUUCCGAAUACGGUGAAAUCAUGGCAUGAUUUUUUGAAUUUGGAACAAGUGUCAAGCACGGAGCAGGUUUUAAUGAAAUACAUCGGAAAAACUCUGGAGAACUUAGUUGAAGAAUCGGCAAAAUGGUCAUUGCAAAUCCAGAGAGCGACCGAACACAAAGCUCGUGUACAUAUGUUUUUGUUUCGCCCGAAAGCUAUACAGAUUGGACUCCUAGAAGCAACAAAAAACAUCGAUUUAAUAUCGCUUAAAAUGCAAAAGAACACGUCUCCAGUGGUAUGCGACCCUCUAUGUGACGAUAUGAGCUGCAUUACUUCUCUACGUCUUAAAUAUCUCAGUAAAUCAAUACAAAAUUUACAUGCAUUAUGUAGAGAGUGCAAUGAAAAGGCGCCAAAAGUGUUUGUUACUGCAAAAUCGUCAAGUAGAAGCGAUGGGAGUAAAAUUAUUUUGUGUGGAACAGUCUUAAAUGCCAAAACUGGUGUCAAGGAAACUCAAAUUAAUGCUGAUGAUUUUAUAAGGAUAAGACAACAAGAAAUGGCAUUAAUAGCGCAACACAAAUACGGAGUCCGAGUGGCUACAGAUUCAAAGUGGAAGGAGUUCAUAGCGCAUUUAGGUGAAUCCGCUGUUAUAUUUGAGCUGUUACAAGCCAAACCCAGCAUUGCGGUGAAAAUUAAUUUCGAUUGUUCUUCUGCUGGGUCUAGUAGAGGUGCAGCUUUUAUCCUGUACAACUGUGCGAGACUGGAAACAAUAGUACGAACAUUUAAUACCAAGGUAGAAGAAGGCAUUUAUCCACCUUUACCUGAUUUCACAGAAAUUGACUUCAGCUUAUUAACACAGGAGGAUGAAUGGGCGUUAAUAUUCAAUUACGUACUUGGUCUACCUUCACUGUUAACAAAUUGUGUGGGCGCAGAUAAACAUUACGAAUUUCGGCCUCAUCUGAUUUGCGGUUUCCUCUGCUCUAUGGUCAGAGUAUUUAGUCAGUAUUAUAGGAAAAUCAGAGUUUUGACAGAGCAAAGGAAGCACCUCCUGCCAGUGAUGUUUGCUCGAAUCCAUAUGUUGAAAGUGCUAAAUGAUACUUUAAAGACAUGUCUGAGGAUAUUGAGUAUUAAAAGUGUAUCUCAGAUGUAA